UCAUGACAGUGUGACAGCGAGCCAGCACAUGCAAUACCAGGACCCUGAAACCGAAGCGGCUAAAUGGAAGUCAGCCAUCAUUCAUUUUAUUAUUUAACGUCUUCCAUGAAAAAGACCUACUAUGUGUAGUCUCCAGACUAAUGCACUAAUAAGAUGGAUAAAGGUGUCUCACUAUAACAGCUGCAACAUAACUCACUGGUCCGUACACACCCACGACGUUGAGAAAAGCUCUGUGUGGACGUAUCACGUGUGUGCAGGAACUGUAAACGAAGCGUUUUGAACUCACGCACAGGCGCUGUCUCGAUUGAUGUGAUUGAUCUUAGAGGACUGACAUUACACCACUUUUCCAUCAUUGCCGCACGCCCUCCCAGCAGAAAGGAUGCUGUAAAGAAGCUGGACGUGUCUGAGGCACCAAGCAGCUGAGUAGCUAGAAAUCAAUAAGCAUGAACAGAGUAUCUGCCAGGCGCGAGCCGCUGUCAUGGUGUACGACGAUGCCAAUAAGAAGUGGGUCCCAGCCGGCGGCUCCACGGGCUUCAGCAGAGUCCACAUCUACCACCACACAGGCAACAACGCUUUCCGCGUAGUGGGGCGCAAGAUCCAAGAUCAUCAGGUGGUGAUAAACUGUGCCAUUCCCAAGGGGCUGAAGUACAACCAGGCCACGCAGACCUUCCAUCAGUGGCGUGAUGCCCGACAGGUCUACGGCCUAAACUUUGGCAGCAAGGAGGACGCCAAUGUAUUUGCCAGUGCCAUGAUGCAUGCCCUGGAGGUGCUCAACUCCCAGGACGCAGGCCCCACAUUGCCCAGACAGGGCCCCCAGGUCCAGAAUGGCCCCACACCAGAGGAGAUGGACCUGCAGAGAAGGCAGCUUCAGGAGCUGCAGAGGCAGAAGGAGAUGGAGCGGGAGCGUCUAGAGCGGGAGCGCCUGGAGAGAGAGCUGCAGGAGCGCGAACGACAGGAGCGUGAACGUCAGGAACGGGAGCGUCAGGAGAGGGAGGCGCAGGCGGAGAGGGAGCGACUGGAGCGGGAGCGCCAGGAGCAGCAGGAGCGCACCGAGCGUGAACUGAUGGAGAGGGAGAAGGCGGAGAGAGAGCGGUUGGAAAGGGAGCAGCAGGAGCAGUUGGACAGAGAGCAGCAGGACUGGGAGAGAGGGAGACGCAUCUCCAACGCCGCGCCCCCUGCUGCUGCAGCCGCCGCCGCCUCUGCUGAGCACCUCUCCCUCCCUGUGGGCCUGGGCCUGUCGGGGCCGGGGGAGCCGGACACAGCCGCAGGCCCAGAGCCCUACCCACUUCAAGGGGGCUUCUCUUCUCAGCCCCAGCCCCAGGACGUGAUGCAGACAACGGGGUUGACCACCCCCACCCCUCCCCCACCUCCACCCCUGCCACCCGGCUCCACUGUGACCUCCUUGGCCGCCACCCCGGCCGUCACCCCCACCACCCCGGCCGGCCACCCUCCCCCGCCUCCGCCUCCACCCCUGCCUCCUACACUGACUCCAGGCGGGACCCCCCCUCCUCCACCCGGCCCUCCUCCUCCUCCCGGAGCCCCACCCCCUCCCCCAGCGCCUCCCCUUCCCGUCGGCCUGUUCUCUCCCGCAGAGGACCGCCCGAUCUCAGGCCUGGCCGCCGCCCUCGCCGGAGCCAAGCUGCGCAAAGUGCCAAGGAGUGAUGAUGCGGGGGCAGCUCUGGCAGCAGCCUUGUCGGGGGCUGCAGGGGCCAAAUCGGAGACCAGAGGCAACGGCCCUCUGCCCGGCGGAGGAGGGCUUAUGGAGGAGAUGAGUGCUCUAUUGGCUAGGAGGAGAAGAAUUGCAGAGAAGGGCUCAUCACCUGAACCCGACCAGAGAUCAGAGGAGGGCGAGAUAAACACGACCCCUAAAGUGUCAGCCUGUAGCACACCAGACAUGCCCAGGAAGCCAUGGGAAAGAACAAACACCAUGAACGGUAGCAAAUCUCCAGUCAUCGGAAGACCGAAAUCCACUCCAACACCUACUGCAUCCUUAAGUGCCAACGGUGUGCCAACAGAAGCUAUUGACUAUGACAGAUUGAAACAGGACAUUCUGGAUGAAAUGAGGAAGGAGCUGUCGAAGCUAAAAGAAGAGCUCAUUGAUGCGAUCAGGGAGGAGCUGGGCAAGUCCAGCACGGCGUAGAGGAUCCAUACUCCCUGUUCACAACAUCUACACCCACGUGAGCCAACAGACAACUUCGGUCAUUUUAAGACAUGACAAUACAGCAGCGGAAAACAAAAAAACAACAUAACGGCGAUGAUGAUAAUAAUCACAUUAAUACUGAGAGGGGACAUUAUUGAACAACAAAGGAGCGGGUGAUGGUGGGAGGCUUGUAACUCUGAUAGCUGUGACUCCCCCCCCAGCCUCCCCCACCCCUCCCGCUGAGGGCAUCGCAUCCUGGAGGACAGUUCCCGGUCUGAAAGAGAAGCAAAUGUCUUUAUGCAAAGAUGAUUUCCUAUAACAACAAGAACAAACACACACAAAAAACCCCAAUAUCGAACUCUUCAGUGAUACUGUAUUAACUAUUGGCGCAUAAGUGAACAGAGAAUCAGAACUCUGAGCAUGUUCUUGUGAUUUACUAUCAAAAGGCACGUUUUAAUAAGAGAGUUUGGAGACAGGAAGAAGGUGGGGAUUGAAAAUAAAAACUUUUUUCCCAUAAUGCCAUAGGGGUAGCGUGCGUGCGUGCGUGUGUGUUUGGGUGUGUGUGAGUACGUAUGGGGGACUGACAGUCUCUGGCGACGUCCACCACUGCAGGACACUGUAAAGCUCGUCUUCCUCAAAUACUAUUUUAACCUGAAUAUGUACAAAAGAGAGAAAAAGUUAUUCAGAAAAAAAACAAAAGUAUCUAUCAACCAUGUCUGUUUCAGCGUAGAUCUAUGGCCAUAUCAAGUAGCUCAAUAAUCCAGUCUUUAAACAGGAUGCUCUCUCGUCUGUCUCUUCGUCUGUGGACUCAUAAUCAGAACUGAUGUUUACCUCCUGAAGUGAUCGCUCUGUUGAGACGUUUUACCCUCAUUUAUUUCUUCAUCAGUGUUGAGUGGCAGGUGGACGAGACAUGAAGGGUAGCUGCCUGUCAGACGGCAGUCAUCGUAGUUCUCUAGCAGACUUUACCUGUCAACAAAAAGUGCUGAUUCGCUAAUACCCGUCAUGCUAGUUGACCAUGGCCAGACAUGUAGAUAGAACUGACUCUUCCUUCCUGUAUGUUUUGAUUUGACUCUCUCCCUCCUUUCUCUCUCGGUCUCUGUCAUGUUUGUCAUGUUUAGGUACUCCGUUUGGUGCAUGAACGGUUGUUUUCUUUAUACGGUGAGGGUCACAAGUUUGCCACGAAAUUGCAUUAACUGUCACAAGUUUUAUUACAAGCAAUAAGUGUAGCAUCUAUUUUAAGGCCCCAUGCCCCAGUCCCGACCCCACCAAACAUUUUUCAAUGUCUGUCUGUCCUUUUUGGCCCUCCUGAGCCCCCUUUGGACAAUGUUACUGUGUGACACCACACAACCUCUUGUUUGCAGAUUUUCAGUGAAACUGAAGGCUGACAUGAAAGAACAUCAGAGCAACACUGUAAGACAUGAUUUCAUGGAAUAACACUAUUUCUAAAUCACCACACUCUUUUUUUAUUUUUGAUUUUUUUUUCUAUAAAAUCCAAGGAUACUGUAUCUUUAGCUGCAUUGGAGCUGAACUGUUCUUAUUUUUUAUUUUAGCACAUUUAUAAAACUAAAACUUUUGAAAGGUGCACAGGAUAACCCAAGUGUGUAAGAGAUGGUGUCCAUUAGGACAUGAAUGUGCCAUUUACUCUUUCACCAGUGCUUACUGAUGACAUGUGUGUGUCAUGUUUUUUUUUUCUUUGCCUUUUCCUCCUGCCACUGUCAAAUCCUUCAAAUGAGAAACUGUAUUUUCCCAGAGGUUUGACCUACACAAGAGAACUGUCACUUUAUUCUAAAAACACCUUUCUUUCAAUAUUUUUCAUUUAAGUGCUGAGUUUGUUUCUCUAAAAGCUCGAAGUACAAUCAACUUGAGAGGAAUAUGUUGGGAGCUGAGACUGAUGUCCAAAUACUGUAGCUGUUGAUGGCAGGUCAAGGUAGCAGAUAAAGGUCCACAAUACAGUUCUGUACUCCUGUUGUCUAAAUGAGAUCCUGAAGGAUAGCUCUACUAAUACAAUAAAACUUCAUGACUUCUAACAGCCACCCACAGUGGGGUUUGUAGAACAAAAUAAUGGCCCUAAAAACAACCUUUUGACCUUUCAAAAUGAUGCUUUGUUCUUUAGCAUCCACAGUAUAAAUUUUACAUUCAAUUGAUUUUAACAAGCAUUGAACUGAACAUACACAUCCACCCUUAAUGUCACUGUUCUGGCUUCCUCAUAAGAGAACACAAGUGCAAAAGAAGGUAUUUGCUAUUUAAAGGGACACUCCAGCAAUUUUAUAUCACACUUUCAUAGUGUUGGGGGACUCACAAAAGACAGAUUAAAAACAAGAAUGUUCAAAAUUGAAGCAGCCAACACCAAGAUAUCCUGACUUUUAGUCCCUAGACUGAGUCAAGCUUUAAAAAAGCUCAGUCCUACAAUUCGCAUAAUGCAACAAGAUUCAUUAGAUUCCCCCAUGUCUGAUAAAGACUUACAUCUGAAAAACUCCAUGUAGGCUUGUAACGCAGGCUCUCUGUUAAAAAAAAAGUGUAGUCUCCAAGCUAAAGUCAAGAUAAAAUAACCCUGAUGACAUCACUAUGACAUCAUCAGAGUUAUUUUCAACCAGAGAAGUUGUUUUCACAGGCUGAGUAGUACUCAGCAUGACUAGUAAAGUGAUCGUAUUGGUAAAAUCUGUGGAGUGUCCCUUUAAAUUAUGAUGAGGAGAACUGGCUAAGGAGUUUUGAUCAUACAUUGCUUGUAAACCUUGGAAUCCUAGCAAAAGGUUUGUUAAUAGGUGGCUGUUGGAUCUCAUGUCCAAGGGCUUGGAUGUCGCAGCUUUGCUACAAAAGAUGAGAAAUAACAGAUUUGAGAAAAUUAUGUUUUCAUCAUUUGUUUGGGAUUGGGUCACAUUUGUUAUAAAAAAAUACUGUGAUGAGAAAAAUAUUGUACAAGAUGCCAUAACCCUUUGGUUUGAGUGUGGACAGGAGGUCUUGGCAUCAAGAUCAGAUUUCAGGUCUGUGUUGAUAAAGUUGUCUCAUCUUCUCAUCCACCUUUUUAAAUGGAAACAUCCAGCCAAGAGGCUCCCUGUACUGAGUGUUUACACAGCAUUGAUUGCACUUUAUGACAAAAAAAAAAAAACAACCCACAGAGCAAUCCAACAUACUCUGACAACAGUUGCUCAGAGCCUCUGUCGCCAACAGUGUGGCUAUCUCACCAAAGGAUUCAACUCGGCAGUCUCCUGCUAAACAUAAUCUCUCUCAACAAAGUCGCCUUUCUUAUUUUUGUAUCAUUUUUGUCAAGAGAUCUAAAAACAGAAAGAUGUCUGUCUAUAUAUUCAGUCUUUGGACGUGAUGGCAGGUGAAAUGUUAUGAUCAAGAAACGUUUAUCUCUUUGUGAAAGCUAUGUGGUUUGUGCCUUGUUCCGAAGUUGCAUUUAAUAUGUCAAAGAUUUAGAAAUGACUAGUAAUAAUAUCAAGGGACUGUCAUUAUGAUCACAUGCAGUUGUUUUUUUUUCUUUCCAUCAUGUUUUGAAGGGAGAGUUCAGUGACUUUGGUACUGUUCCCCACCAAGAAAACACCUUUGCACCAAGAUCGUCUUUUUUUUUUUUUUUUUUAAACAUAAUUUCUUUCCAUACAGUUGUGAGGUUGCUUUUCUUACAGCUCAGAAGUACAAUCAAACCUUUGAGACAUGAGGCCUACAAGGGUUCAAAGAUGAUCUUCGCUCUGAGAUGAUUUUUCUAAACCUAGCCCUGUUUGGAAGUCCAGAUGAGUCUGGCUGCGGUGUUAUGUGUUCCCUCAUGCCAUUUAAAUGUCGCAGAAGACUGUUUGUGUUCAGCAGCUUAGCUUUCUUUACACGCUUGGAAAUGUCAGAUAAAAACUGUUCUGUCCUCUGCAGUGAGGUCUGCCCCAUGUUGUUGUCAGGUCGCUGGUGGAAGCAUUUAUCUUUGUCCGGUUUUCAGAUGAGGGAACUGAAGGAAUAGCGAGUUUGCAGGAAUAUUAGCAGAAUUUGUUGAAAGGCGCAGCAAGUUUCGAGGAUGGGUUUCCAGACUUAUUCUUUUAUCAUCUGCAUUGUACCAUACUGUCUCAUGUUAAUUAGUCUUUUCUUACAUGCUAACAUAUUGUUUUGUUUGAGCAAAUUAAAUAAAAAUUGCAAUACAAGA